CGCUCAAUAAAUCCACAUGGUUGACACACACGGGCUGCACGAGGAAUUCAUGAGCAGGUACAUAACAAUGGGCUGAAUAAAAUCGUACGAGUUCCGGUUGGCUGUGUUUGUCGGUCAGAGUACAUGUUCAUUUCUGAUAUUGUCCAAUGGCAAUAAUGUCAAUAGAUAUUGUUUAUACCAAAAGAUUCCUCAUAAUAUCGCGCAAUAUCUCCGCUGCCGUGAUUGUGCAUACAUUUACUCCGAUGAGUUAUUUUCUUUAGAUAAUCAUAUGAUGACAAACAGAUACUUAGUGAAAUAAUUUCCUUUAAGUUGUUUCCUGAUUAGUCAAAAUUCGCCAUAGAUCUCUUUGACAGCAAGGCUAUCACUUUAUCAAAAAGUCAAGGGAAUGAAAACGUGUGAUCUUGCUAAACGGAAUAAAUAUCAGUGAUACAAUAUACAGCUCUGAAAUAAUUUGAAAAUUGCUUUUUGUGAAAUGAAUAAAACAGAAAGAUAUAUCGUUGAGAAAUAAUCCACAGCAACCGUAGCCGUACAACAGUAUAAGUUACAUCAAAUGGAGUCCCAGGGAUUUGAAAUCUUUCUACUAUUUUUGUUUUUGGCUGAAAGCACAAGAAGCAGCGGACCCUUACUAGAGGAACAAAACAGCAAAAGCUACUAUUGCAGAGAACAGAUUGAUCAUCAUCGAAUGUCUCUAAACUGCAGUCAUCAAAAUCUGACAUACAUCCCUAGGACUAAAAACUAUAUCAAGAACCUGAUUUUCAGUUAUAAUGACUUAACAAAUGUCACGUCGGUAACAUUCGGAAAUAUUAGCAAUCCAGCAAAUCUAGUUGAUCUUGAACUGGACCAUAAUCAUAUCCAGAAUAUUUCCUCGGAUGCGUUUGCUACGUUUCCAAAUUUGAAAUACUUAUAUUUGUCAUAUAAUCCAAUAUACUACAGCAAUAUGAAAGAUCUUUUGGGUGCAUUGUCUAACUUUCAUAACCUUUAUCAUUUAGAAUUGAGUGGAAUUACUACAGUAAAAAUCCAAAAAGACCUGUUUUCGUUGAUGGGGGAAAAUCAUAUAGAAACACUUUCAUUAAAAGAUUCCAGUAUCAAAAAACUUGCAAUGGACAGUUUCAAACCUUUUAAUAGUUUAAAAUCUCUUUACCUAAGAGACAAUCUUAUUGAAGAGCUAUCACUGUUUAAACAUACAAAUCUAUAUUCCCUUUAUCUUGAUCACAACCGUUUAAAAUCAUUUCCUGAUUUUUGUACCGAACAAAAUCGUUCAGACUGUUAUUUUCGAAAGCUUGAAAUUCUAAACAUCCAAAAUAAUAGGAUAAGUGAACUUCGUCCAGACAAUUUGCAGUGUUUGCCAAAUUUAAAAUGUUUAAAGGUCGGAGAAAAUCCCAUAACGGUUUUAUGUGAUAACCUUUUGUCUCAGCUACCGAAAAUUCAUUAUCUGAGAUUACGAAAUUUGAAUAGAGAUGCUUUAAAAGUACGACCAUUUGCUUUUAAUUCAACCUCACUAACAAUGCUUCAUUUAGGAUUCGGAGGUCCAGCAAAAAGCAUUUUUACGUCCUUCAAAGAUACGUUUAGGCUUUUACCACAUUUGAGGUAUUUAGUUUUAGGUCAUACUGGCAUGCUUCAGUUAACUAGCGAACAAUCCUCGGAACUAUUUUCACCUCUGAUAAUUCUUAAAUCAUUUCACUGUUUUAGUUGUCAGAUUGCACAGGAUCCUAAAAUUAUCCUGAAUCAGAUGAAACAUCUAGUUAAUAUAAGUCUGCAGUCUAAUCUACUUACAAAGUUAAGUGAUGAAACAUUUAAGGAAAAUAAACAUCUGAGGUCUCUUAGCUUAAGAUAUAAUGAGAUUGGACAUAUAGACGAGUCAGCCUUGCCAACAUCACUUCUAAACAGGUUAUAUCAAUUAGACUUAAGCCAAAACCCUUUCUUUUGUGACUGUGGACUUGAAUGGUUCAUCAACUGGAUGAAAAUUAAUAGAAAUCGGAAAGUUAUUUUAAGGUAUCCACAGGAAUACGUAUGUUCCCUUCCAAAAGAAAAGUCUACAAUGCGACUGUCUGAUAUAUCUUUCACGUACAAAGAAUGUCAUCCAUGGAGUCCUUGGAUAUGGGUCGCUAUUAUUGCCUCGCCAUGUGUUAUUGUUAUAGGUAUUACCGUAAUUAUACUUUAUAGAAACAGAUGGAAUAUCAAACAUUAUAUCUAUUUGUUAAGAAAGAGAAGAAACUAUCAAGUUAUUAAUGGGAAUAACUUUGUGUACGAUGCUUUUGUUGCAUAUGAGGCAGAAGAUUCGGCGUGGGUACGUCGCAGACUUCUACCAGUUCUUGAAGGUCAAAUGGGCUUGACAUUAUGUAUUCAUGAACGGGACUUCCAACCAGGCGCUUUUAUCAACGACAAUAUUGUAACCAAUAUAGACAAGAGUGAGAAAAUUCUUCUUGUCCUUACUAAUGGAUUUGCUCGUAGUGAAUGGUGCAUGUUUGAACUGAAAGUUGCACAUUCGAAACUGAUUAAGGAUGAAACGGAGCUUCUGGUUAUUCUUUUAGAAAAAAUAGAUGGACGAAAUAUGAAUCAUUCUUUGAAGCUUCUGUUUGAUACAACAACAUACAUAGAAUGGACAGAGGAUAUUGUAGGUCAAGAACUGUUCUGGGAAAAACUGAAAAAUGCUCUGAAGAAGUGAACAGAUGCUAGAAGACGCUCUAAAUGUUCUUAAAUAAAAAUUACUGAUUACAUUAUUUAUUCCAAAAAUAGUUGUUAUAGUGCGAAUGAAUCAUUCCUAGACAUAGAAGUAAAGUAAUAUUUGAGAUGGACAAGUUUUGUUCAUGUGACUUCUUAAGACGAAAAUGUAAUGUUCUAAAAUCCUAUGUAUUAUACUAGUAUGUCAUUGUUUGAUUCGUAAAUGUAUAUUAUACCAUUGAAUACAUGUUUUUCUUGUGACGUAUAUUCUGAUCUAUAUUAUAAAUACUGACUGCAAGCUUGCAUUUUAUGGACUGUAUUUCUAUUGUAGCUAUAAACAAUCAUUUAACAUUA